CAGUAGGUCGUGGUCAGCGCUGACCACGGCGCUUGAAAGAGAAUGAGCGCUCUCAGUCUCUCACAGGCCGAGAGGGACGCGGACAAUGGUGUUCUGCGGCACUACCGUGGGACGCAUUGAAGGGGGAGGUUGAGAUUCAACUGCAGCUUGAAUGAUUGUAUUGGUCGCUCGCGUCUUAGCGUUUCAAAACGUGUUUAGCGCCUCUUCGCCAAGUUGCGGCAGUAACGCGUUACGCCUGUACCGUGGGCCAAGUUGACUGGUUCGCUCUAAGAACUUCGUUGCAACGCUGAGUGAAGAGUACUUAACCUUUCGUAAUGGACACAAAGGAAAACAUGGACACAAAAAGAAAUGCAGGUGAGACAAGCGGUGCCAGGAAUCUUUGUGGUGGGUUUGACACUGACGACAAGUGCUUUCAAAUGGACACAAAGGAAAACAUGGACACAAAAAGAAAUGACUCGACAAGCAGUGCCAGAAUGCCUUGUAAAAGGGAGUUUGACACCGACGACAAGUGCGUUCCUUCAGAAGAGCAGGAAGACGUAAAAGCUUCACGGUAUUGCAUCGAUCAAGCAGCUAUGGAUGCUGAAAGAUUGCAUCAGGGGACCCUUCACACCUGCAGCUUUUGCGGCUACGUGACUCAUCAUUCAACCCACCUGAAACAGCACGUCAGGGUUCAUACAGGCGAACGGCCAUACCAAUGCCACUUGUGCCCGCACAGCUGCAAACACAGGUCCGCAUUAGCGAGACACUUGCGCACCCACACGGGCGAGCGGAAACACAAAUGCCAUUUGUGCCCCCAAAGCUUCUCAGUAAAGGAUAAAUUGAAAUAUCACCUGUGCACUCACGCAGGCGAGCGAUAUUAUAAAUGCCACAUGUGCCCGCAAAGCUUUAAUCACGGACCCGCAUUGAAUGUUCAUCUGUGUGUGCACACUGGCGGUCCCCCGUACAAGUGCCAUUUGUGCCCCAAAGCUUCUCAUCAAAGAGCACAUUGACUGAUCACGUGCGUACCCACAAAAGUGAGCGGCCACAUAAAUGCCAUUUGUGUCUCAAAAGAUUUUAUCAAGAAUCUACAUUGAAUGCUCACCUGCGCUCCCACAGGUCUCUGCAGCCAUAUAAGUGCCAUUUGUGCCCUAAAAGCUUUUUAGUAAAGCGCUCAUUUGAUAAUCACGUGCGCACCCACACAGGAGAGCGGCCAUAUAAAUGCAAUUCGUGCACCAAAAGCUUCCCAUCAAAGUACGCAUUGAAUGUUCACAUGCGCACCCACACAAACGAGCGGCCGUAUAAGUGCCACUUGUGCCCCCAAAGCUUCUCGGAAAACGGCACACUCAAUGUUCACUUGCGUGUCCACACGGGCGAACGGCCAUAUAAAUGCCGCAUUUGCCACCAAAGCUUUUCGCAUAAGAGCACAUUGAACAUUCAUAUGCGUAUCCACACAGGUGAGCGGCCUUAUAAAUGCCACUUGUGCCCCCAAAGCUUCUCUCAAAGUACCUCAUUGAAAAUUCACCAGCGUGUCCACACGGGCGAGCGGCCGUAUAAAUGCCGCGUGUGUUCACAAAGCUUCUCAGAUAAGAGUGCAUUGAGUGUUCACAUGCGUAUCCACACGGGGGAGCGGCCUCAUAAAUGCCACUUUUGCCCCAAAAGCUUCUCUGCAAACAGCACAUUGACCGAUCACCUGCGUGUCCACACGGGGGAGCGGCCUCAUAAAUGCCACUUGUGCCCCAAAAGCUUCUCGGCAAACAGCACAUUGACCGAUCACCUGCGUGUCCACACGGGGGAGCGGCCGUUUAAAUGCCACUUGUGCAUGCAAAGCUUCUGCCGAAAAUCUGCAUUGACUGUUCACCUGCGUGUCCACACGGGCGAGCGGCCAUACAAAUGCCGCUUGUGCCCCCAGAGCUUCUCUCAAAGUAGCUCAUUGAAACUUCACCAGCGUGUCCACACAGGCGAGCGGCCAUAUAAAUGCCACUUGUGCCCACAAAGCUUCUCAGCAAAGAGCAGCUUGAAUACUCAUCUGGACACCCACACAGGCAAACAGUCUUAUAAAUGCCAUUUAUGCAACAAAAGCUUCAGUCACAAAUCUACAUUAAAUGUUCACAUGCGUGUUCACACUGGGGAGUGGCCAUAUAAGUGCAACUUGUGUCCUCGAAGCUUUUCAGCUAAGAAGACAUUAAAUGAUCACCUGCAAACCCACUCAAACAAAUGACCACGUAAUUCCAUUUAUGUACCCGAAGCUUCUCAGGAAAGCGCAUGUUGAAUGUUCAUCUGCGUGUCCACACGGGCGAGCGACCACAUAAAUGCCACGUAUCCUCAAAGCUUUUAAAAUAAUAGCACAUGCAAUGUUCACAUGCGUAUCCACACAGGGGAGCGGCCUUAUAAAUGCCACUUGUGCCCCCAAAGCUUUUCAGCUGAGAGCUAAUUAGCUGUUUUUCUGCAUGACCACAUGGGCGAGCAGCCCUUUAAAUGUCGCCUGUGCCCCCAAAGCUUCUCAGAUAAGAACACAUUUAAUGUUUACAUGUGUAUCCACACUGGCGAGUGGCCCUGUAAAUGUCACUUGUGCCCUGAAAGCAUCUUAGUAAAUAGUAAAAGGCAAAUUGAAUGUUCACCUGCUGGUCCACACGGCUGAGUGGCUGUAUAAAUGCCACUUGUGCCCACAAAGCUUUUCAGUAAAGAGCACAUUGAAUGUUCAUAUGCCUAUUCACCCAGGACAGCGGUUGUACAAAAUGCUACCUCUGAACUCAAAGCUCCUUCAUAAAUCUGAAUUGAUUGUUCACCUGCUUGUCCACAUGGUCGAGCGGCAAUACAAAUGUAGCUUGUGCCCUCAAAGGUUUUGUAGCUUUGCAUUUCAUUGGACACUCUGCGUUUCUUAGGUCUCCUUUUCUUUUCUGUUACUUGUGCAGUCUCCAUUGUUGCUUUGUUUGUUAUGUUAUG